UCUCGCUUUCCCUCUCGUAGUUCUCCACGGCUGUGCUGGUUGGCUUGUAUCUCUUUGAGCACUUCCCGGGCCUCGUGGUAGGCGUGGGCCUCUUUACCAACCUGGUGUACUUUGGAUUACUGCAGACCUUCCCUUUCAUCAUGCUGACCUCUCCAAACUUCAUCCUGUCCUGCGUGCUGGUUGUGCUGAAUCACUAUCUGGCAUUCCAGUAUUUUGCAGAAGAGUAUUAUCCCUUCUCAGAGGUUCUCGCCUAUUUCACUUUCUGCCUCUGGCUCAUCCCCUUUGCCUUCUUCGUUUCCUUGUCGGCUGGCGAAAACGUGCUGCCUUCCACGGUGCAGCCUGGAGACGACGUGGUAUCCAACUAUUUCACGAAAGGGAAGCGUGGGAAGCGUUCAGGCAUCCUUCUCGUCUUCUCCUUCAUCAAGGAAGCCAUCUUGCCCAGCCGACAGAAGAUGUACUGAUCUCGCCCCCCCGCCCCUCCCCCCAGUUUGUCUUCUGGCCACACACAAACCCUCCUCCCAAAGAGGGUGACAUUUCUGAGCCUCGGUGUUCCCCUCGCCCUUAUGUCGAUCUGUUUGGGAUGAAUAAACUGGGAAAGGUGCUGGCAGCCCCUGCCAUGUGGGGAGCCGGCCCUUUAGAUCCCUCUCCUUCCUUUAGGCGGUUUGCGAAGGGGAAGAGGCCAAGGCAGGAGGGCCCCCCC